GGGAGGCGGCAAGAUGGCGGCUGCUGAAGAAGGCCUUGGUGUCGGGGUUGAAGCGGACCGGGAACUGGAAGAGCUUCUGGAAAGUGCUCUUGAUGAUUUCGAUAAAGCCAAACCCUCCCCAGCACCCCCUCCUACCACCACGGCCCCCGAUGCUUCAGGGCCCCAGAAGAGAUCGCCAGGAGACACUGCCAAAGAUGCCCUCUUUGCCUCCCAAGAGAAGUUUUUCCAGGAAUUAUUCGACAGUGAGCUGGCUUCCCAAGCCACUGCAGAGUUUGAGAAGGCAAUGAAGGAGUUGGCUGAGGAAGAGCCCCACCUGGUGGAACAAUUCCAGAAGCUCUCAGAGGCUGCUGGGAGAGUGGGUAGUGAUGCAACCUCCCAACAAGAAUUCACUUCUUGCCUAAAGGAGACAUUAAGUGGACUAGCCAAAAAUGCCACUGACCUUCAGAACUCAGGCAUGUCAGAAGAAGAGCUGACCAAAGCCAUGGAGGGGCUGGGCAUGGAUGAAGGGGAUGGAGAUGGGAACAUCCUCCCCAUCAUGCAGAGCAUCAUGCAAAACCUACUCUCCAGGGAUGUGCUAUAUCCAUCACUGAAGGAGAUCACAGAGAAGUAUCCAGAAUGGUUGCAAGAUCAUCAGGAAUCUCUACCUCCAGAACAGUUUGAAAAAUAUAAAGAGCAGCACAAUGUCAUGUGCAAAAUCUGUGAGCAGUUUGAGGCAGAGACACCCACAGACAGUGAGGCAACACAGAAGGCACGUUUUGAGACGGUGCUCGAUCUUAUGCAGCAGCUACAGGAUUUGGGCCAUCCUCCAAAAGAGCUGGCUGGGGAAAUGCCUCCUGGUCUCAACUUUGACCUGGAUGCCCUCAAUCUAUCGGGCCCACCAGGUGCCAGUGGUGAGCAGUGUCUGAUCAUGUGAAACACAGCACGCUUUCUUCCCUGAGUCCCAGCCAUGGGGAACAUCUGGAGUCAGCAGAACCAUGAGAACUGAGGCAGGAGUGUCAUCUGUGGGAAUGGUCUGCUCACUGCCCCAUCAUCCUAUUCAAGACUGUGCCAUAUCAGCUGAGCCUUUCCCUCUGUUUUUCUAGAAAUGGGAUCUGUACCAUAGGCCAUUUUGUGAGCCCUAUUGUGGUUUCUGCUGCUAGAAAAGGCCUAGCUAAAGAAGGUAUCCUUCUUGGGGCAUGUACCUUCUUCCCUUUCCCAAAAUAAUGUUAAAUAUGGCCACACUCAUGUUCA